GGUGUCUUUCACCUGUCUGCCGGUAUGUUCCGUCUUUUAUUCUGAAAGGGUCUCAAUUUUAGUGGCUGCAAAUAUCGAGUUUAAAUUGUUGGUGUCUCAGCCCUCUGACAGUGUUGGUGUCUCAGCCCUCUGACAGUGUUGGUGUCUCAGCCCUCUGACAGUGUUGGUGUCUCAGCCCUCUGACAGUGUUGGUGUCUGCAGCUGCAGCGCGUGAGUUGGUAACCCAUCUCAGUGUGCCAUGUGCGGACCUGCCUUGUCCCUGUGUCUGCUGCUCUGGAUGGCAGGAAUGGGAGUUUCCAGGACGCGAGGUCAGGUCACGGCUCCCGCCAGUCUGAGGGCAGAGGUGGGUCGGCCCCUGCUGCUCGGCUGCAACGUCACCACGGAAGCCGGCGAAACCGUCCAGCAAGUGCGCUGGCUCAACAGGCACGAGAAGGUCCUCCUGGCGUACCAGCCGAGCGCACCGGUGCGCGUCAGCCAUCGGGAACCCGACGUGCAGCUCACCGCCUCCCACGACGACGCCAGCUACAUCACCAUCGAGAGGGUGCGGCCCGAUGACGAGGGCUGCUACCGAUGCAUCUUUGAUGUUUACCCCAGGGGCCCGCUGGAGGGCUCCACGUGCAUCCUCCUCACUGGUAAAGUGCGCCUGGAGGGCAACCAGACGGCCGUGAGCGGGAUGCCGGCCACCCUCUCCUGCUGGUACAACCUCCCCGACAGGGUGCAGCAGGUGCUGUGGAGGAAGACGGCCGAGCAGGGCGACACCACCACCGUGGCCUCCUUCGCCAAGGGCGGCCACCAGAAGACGGAGGAGCAGCACAGGGGUCGGGUUAGCUUGAGCCGAACCCUGGGCGACACCCGGCUGACCAUCAAGGCGGUCCGGACGGAGGACGAGGCGUGCUACACCUGCGAGUUCCACACGUUCCCGGACGGCACCAGAAAAGACACCGCCUGCCUGUUUGUUUACGUUUUACCCAAACCGGAGGUGAGUACCGUGACCUCGUCCUCGGGGGUCACCGAGGCCAACUGCACCGCCCAGUCCCGACCCGCGGCGGAGAUCAUGUGGAGCGUCGUCGGGGACAACCGAACACUCGGACCGCCCACUCCCGCCGCUUACGACCGGGGCGACGGCACGACGGUAGUGACGAGCACGCUGUUCUUCCAGUCGGCGCUGCGCGACGAGCUGUCCUUAAAGUGCAUCGUGCACCACCCGGGUUUGGAGAAACCCUUGACGGUGCCCCUCAACACAAACGUGGGUCCAGCCAUGGUCAUCGUCCUCUCGGUGUGCGGUGUGGCAGCGGUCCUCCUCCUCUGUCUGUGUGUGUGUCUCUGCAAGUGCUUCAUCUGUACCGGCGACUGAUUUGGAGGCCCGACGUCACUGCUGCUUUGAUGAAGGUCCAGCGGCGCUCUGAGCCAUGACCUCGCUGCUCAGCCCCGUGCCCUCCAGCUCAGAGAGCAGAGGGAGGGAACAAGGGAACAAGGGAACAAGGGAACAAGGGGACAGGGAACAAGGGACUGAGCCAGCGUCAUUUACCGCAAUGUCAACAGAACUAAAACCAUUAUGUCAUGCUACACGUCACACUUACAGUAUAAAGGGGUGUGUGUGUGUGUGUGUGUGUGUGUGUUGUGGCAUUCUUGUUACAGUAUUUCAUGACUUACAGAGACUUAUUUGUGACAAUAUUAAUGUAGGCCGACAUGGGCUGUGCACAGCAAUAUAAUUUAAUCUCAUUUAUCAGGAGAAAAUAUUUUUCUAAUAACAAUUAAACACCGUUGUUGGAUGUUAUUUCAGUAAUUAUCUGUAUAUAAGGAUUAAAUGUUAAUAAAUUCCUACAUCGAAGUUAAAUAAAUCUACCUGCUGUUUCA